UGUGUAUCUCCCACUAUAUAAACAUGUGCUUUGAGAUACCAUACACACACCACAAACCAAAUCCAAAACCCUAGCAAAACAUGUCAUCUUCAUCCAAAGCUGUCAUCCCUCACCCAAAUAUGAGCGAAAACUUGAGUGAUGGUUCAUCCCCCACCAAGUUCAAGAGGAAGGAUAAGAAACAAGCCCAACCUGAUGGAACUACGAAUCGUAGUCAACCCUUAUCUCCAGCUGGAGACAAGGGAAAAGGCAUUAUGCAUCCUUCUUCUUCCGGACAGGACCCUCAUGCGAAGAGAAGGUCAAAAAGAAGAUCAAGAAGCAGAUCUGUGCGUAAGAGCACCCUCCUUGCUGCCACACUCAACCAGAACGCCUUUGCUAUGCUGCAUCAGCUGCACCCCUACUACCGGAAGGACGAGUUGCACCCUGUGUUAAGAGGAAACUCCUUCAAACAAUGAGGGCUGGACUGGGGUUGACUCAGGACAACUCAUCCAGCUCAUCAGGUGGGGGAAAGAAGAACGAUGGUAAGGAUGAGCCUGAUGAUGAAGCUGAAUAUGGUAUCCUUGUAAGGAGCCAAACCCCUGGUGACAUUGGUGUGAUGUACACAAUCACGAAGAGCCAAACUUUCGAGCAUAUCUACGAUGAUUAUGCUGCCAAACUUGACCUCUAUAAGACAAAAUUUUUCUUGGCUGAUAAUCGUACUGGAAAGGCCAUUGGCUACUGAUACGGCUGGAGAGGUUGGUAUAACUAAUGGUCAGAUCGUGCUAGCUAUCAGAAAGGAUCCUGAGUAUAAUAUGAAUGCUGCGUUGCGAAAUUUUUAUCUGUGUGACGUUAGUGGAUCAUCUAAGAAGUUGACAGUCCAGGCUGAGUUGACCAUGAAGGUGUUGAAGCUGUAUUACAUGGCCGCUGAGAUCUAUAGAUGUCAUGUUAGCCAACUUGUCCUGAUGCACAAGAACAGGGUCCUCGCACCAAAUCACACAAUCCGCAGUGCUGGCAUCAGGAGCUUGAAGCGUGUUUACUGUCUUCCCUUGAAGAAGUGAUAUGUGUGUCCUGGACAAAUUACAAAUUUGGCUAAGCUAGGUUUAAGUAAAUUUCAAUAACGAUUACGGGGUUAUGUUGCCCUGACCUAUUAGUUUUAAUGGUUAUUAGUGGUUGUUUAACUUAAGUCUAUGAUUAGGAUACUAAUGUAGUUUGGGCUCAUUAUGUGAUGUUUGAUUGGGCUCAUUUAGUUAAUUUUGGUUGGGCUCAUUUUGUUUAUCUGUAUUUCAACAAUUGGAGUGUAUCCUGUUGAUGAGUCUAUGAAGAUGGUUAUUAGUUGUGUGAUUAUUUGU